AUGGACCCUGUGCCUCUUGUGACUGGCGCAGAAGGCGCGCCGCGCUCCUACAAGCUUAUGGAGAUCCCGCCGGAGCUAGAGUCGAUCUUGUCCGCGGGAACCGACUCACCGCUGCUUACAUUUAACGGCCGCCUCGUUGAUGAGGCGGUGCUUUCCACGACAAACAAAACGUACGCCGUGCGCCAAGUCCACCAGUCCAAUAGCCUUUUGCUAUGCGCCGUGGAGCAGAGCGGCGAUGGCGGGAUGUACCUGCGCUUGCACCAGAAUGUCGCAGACACGAUCGAGCUGGUGCCGACGCCUCCGCGGCUCGGGCGCAUCGUCGCGCUGCUGCACGACUCCGAGUACGCAGGGGAGGAGGCAGAGAUGGAUGCUGCAUUUGCGCGGCUGUAUACCCCGAACGAAGUGCGCUCUGUGAUACAGGCUAGCGAAGAAGAGCUUGCACAAGGGCUGCGCGACGAACAUGUGCUCGUGCUCGACGUGCUGAACCAGCUUGAUAUUCUCGCGUGCGAUGCAGAGCAUGUGCCGUACGCGCCAGUUUUGGAAGCGCUGCAAAUGAGCGCGCGCGCCGAAGUCGCAGAAAAAAUGCUCUGCGACUGGUUCUGCGCCGCGCCGCGCCCGACGGGCGUUCCAACGCACGUUGCGCUUGCAACGGCAGACAUUGCACGCUUUAUCGGCGUGUAUUUGCUAAGUACUGAAAAACGCAUGGCGCUGCUUGACUUUUUGGCGCGCUGGAAGGAGGCGCUGGGGCCCCUUGCAGACGAAGCGCAACUUCCACUGCUAACGGGAAACUAUUUAUUUUAUCCUCCACCAGCGUCAUUUACGACGGUGAAUGCACACCAGGCGGGCCAUACAGAGCCAAUGCCAGAGACGCUUGCGUCGGGAAUCGCCAUUCAGUACUUUCCACGCGAGCAUCUUCCACUCGCGCCUGCGCAGUGUCUCCAGGAGCUGUUUAUGCUCCGCACACAGUGGGUCCGCGAAGAGAUUACUCCCUUUAUUGCGCACCUGUUGAGUGCGGCCCCUGGGUCAAAAAAAAACGCGGGGCUGGACGGGCUUUUGCUCAAGCACGGACGGAGCUGCAAAGCGCGAUGGAGUCGCGUGCACGCAGCCGUGCUCCUCCGCGCCGGCCUUUUGGACAGCGCCGGUGCGCCACCCGCGACGGGCACGGAGGAGUGCACGCUCUACCAAGCGCGCGUAAAGUAUUAG